CCCAUAAAUUGAAGAACCUGGAACGAUUGAUGCAGGUGAUGAUGAACAACAACACGAUCUGUCAUGGAUUUAGCGACCCAGCACGAAUCUUCUUCAUUGUUUCCUACAGUCUCGUGUUCCUGGUGGGUUUGCUCCUCAAUGGCUUCGUCCUGUGGUUUUACUUUUGCCAGUCUCAGAGGUCGUCUAGUACCAUCAUGGUCUACCUGAAGAACCUGGUAGCUGCAGAUUUUCUGCUCAGCCUCUGUCUCCCUUUCUCCAUCGUUAACUUAACCACCACCAGUAACUUGACCAUCCGCCUGGUGUACUGCAAGUUUGGCAUCGCUAAUCACUACCUCAACAUGUACGCCAGCAUCCUGUUCAUGGCUCACAUUGCUUAUAACAGGUAUCUAAAGAUCAUCCAUCCCCUAAAAACUCACAUGCUGCAGACUGUGCGAGCUGCCUGCAUCAUCUCUGCAGUAACAUGGGUUGUCCUCGUCACCAUGGUGAUCAGCUACAGCUCUGUGUCACUCGUUGUGCAACACAACCCGACGUCUGUCCCCUCCAGCUGCAUAGAUUUGAGCAGUACAAAGCGCAGUGUGCUUCACAAAAUCAUCCACAGCUGUAUAUUGGCCUUCUUCCUGUCCGUCCUCAUCUUCAUGGUGUGUGUCUACUACCACACAUCCCGCAGAGUGUCCAUGGCGCAGCAGAGUCAGCUGACGUCCUCCAAUACCAAGAGACUGGCUAAGGCGCGCAGGAACAUGCUGGUCCUGAUCACUGUCUUCUGUGUUUGCUUCGUCCCCUACCACUUGAUCCACAUCCCUUACAUUUUCUUAGGGUGUUCCCGGGCCCAGGUUGUCUACUUCCUUAGAGAACUGAGCCUCGUAUUGUCAGCGCUGAACGUCUGCCUGGACCCCUUCAUCUACUUCAUCUUCUGCAAAGCCUUCAGGGAGCAGCUGAAAAUGAAAAUGAUGUUCUCACAGGGAGGCACAACAACACAAACCACAGAGAGAAGCAUUAGCCAGGGGCAUCAGGAGUGA